UCAUGCUCCUGCAGGCCCUUGGAGAAGCGCCGUCACAAAGCGAUAGACGGAAUCCAUGGUGCAGCCCAGGGGGUCCGCCCCGCUGCAGGUUACUGGAGAGCCGCUGUGGCAUCGCAGACGAUCACAGAAUGACUUAUUUCACAAGACUCAUUUUGUUUUUGUUUUGUCUGACGGCUCUUGUGGAGAGCAGAAAGCCCAAGAGGAGGAGAUGGACAGGGCAGCUGGAAAUGCCCAAGCCAAGUCACCUAUAUAAGAAGAACCUUGACGUGACCAAAAUCCACAAGGGAAAACCUCAGCCACUUCUCAGAGUGGAGGACCACGAUUUCUCCAUGAGGCCCGCCUUUGGAGGCCCUGCUAUCCCGGUGGGCGUGGACGUGCAGGUGGAGAGCCUGGACAGCAUCUCGGAGGUGGACAUGGACUUCACCAUGACCCUGUACCUGCGGCAUUACUGGAAGGACGAGAGGCUGGCCUUUCCCAGCACCAGCAACAAGAGCAUGACCUUCGACGGCCGGCUGGUAAAGAAGAUCUGGGUCCCCGACGUCUUCUUUGUUCACUCCAAACGGUCCUUCACCCACGACACCACCACUGACAACAUCAUGCUGAGGGUGUUUCCAGAUGGACACGUGCUCUACAGCAUGAGGAUUACGGUCACUGCCAUGUGCAACAUGGACUUCAGCCACUUUCCCCUGGACUCCCAGACCUGCUCUUUGGAGCUGGAAAGCUAUGCAUAUACAGAUGAAGAUCUGAUGCUGUAUUGGAAGAAUGGGGAUGAAUCCCUGAAAACCGAUGAGAAGAUCUCCCUGUCCCAGUUUCUGAUUCAGAAAUUUCACACCACUUCCAGACUGGCCUUCUACAGCAGCACUGGCUGGUACAACCGUCUGUACAUUAACUUCACGUUGCGACGCCACAUCUUCUUCUUCUUGCUCCAAACCUAUUUCCCUGCCACCCUGAUGGUCAUGCUGUCCUGGGUGUCCUUCUGGAUCGACCGCAAAGCUGUGCCCGCCAGAGUUUCACUGGGUAUCACCACCGUGCUGACCAUGUCCACCAUCAUCACGGGCGUGAACGCCUCCAUGCCCCGCGUCUCCUACAUCAAGGCGGUGGACAUCUACCUCUGGGUCAGCUUCGUGUUCGUGUUCCUGUCGGUGCUGGAGUACGCAGCCGUCAACUACCUGACCACCGUGCAGGAGCGCAAGGAGCGGAAGCUGCGCGAGAAGUUCCCGUGCAUGUGUGGAAUGCUUCACUCAAGAACCAUGAUGCUGGAUGGAAGCUACAGUGAGUCUGAGGCCAACAGCCUGGCUGGGUACCCAAGAAGCCAUAUUCUGACGGAAGAAGAAAGACAAGACAAAAUAGUGGUCCACCUGGCUCUGAGCAGUGAAUCCAACUCCUCCAGGAAGAAAGGGCUUCUGAAGAGCCACAUGGGUCUUCGCAUCUUCCAGAACACCCACGCCAUUGACAAAUACUCCAGGUUGAUAUUUCCUGCCUCUUACAUAUUUUUCAACUUAAUUUAUUGGUCAGUGUUUUCCUAGGGGCCCCGAGGCUGUGCCUGGGAAAGGACAUAGAUAUCUAUGGGGCCUGGCCAGCCGUCUGCACAUGGAACUGCUGACCAUGCUCCCCUCACCAGAUGGAGCGGUAGUUCCUAGACCACCAUGGCAGCACUCCCUCCCAGAGGGGGCCCUCCAGCUGCCCUUCCCCUGACCUCAUGGAUUUGCUCCUCAUUAAUGCUGUGUUCUGUGUCCUACUUCAUACCUCUUUCGGACUUCUUCUGUUCUUGUGUGUAACAGGUUCACAAGAGCCCCCUCCUAUAAAAAAUGACUCAAAUGCCUCCUAGAUAGUCUGAGACCCUAAUGAAGCCUAGGAUUCAGUUGUGAAGGGACAAGAAAGAAUAAAAGGCAAGCUUAGGGGCUUUCUGGAUAGGAGAUGGGAAAUAGGAUUCAAAAUAGGAAUAAAAAAAAAUCUGUAAACCCAUACAACUAGAUUAAGUGCCUACCUAGGAAGGAAAAAAAUCUCAGAUCCCAGAGAGGAAAUGAGACCUGGGUGAGUCUGGCAACUCUCGUGAUUUUGCAAU